UCCGCUCGAAAGAACUCGCUUACCCAGAAUCCCCCGCGACGCCUCAACUUACAGAACUGGCUUCUUGGGCUUCGGGAGUGUUUCCCAUUUAAACAAACAGUGCCGAAGAUGGCGGAGAGUUAACGGUGUAAAGAAGAAAUUAUCGAUCCGGCAGAGAGAUACGUCCACAAGACUUCAUUGACCAGCCCACAUAGGACCACGCCCCCAGAGAGCUGGGAGGGGGGAUUAGAUCGUCCAUCAUCUCGGCGCCGUCACAAGGUGCUGAUAUGUGUACACGAUGAGCGGACUGGGGGAGAACUCCAUGGAGCCUCUGAGCUCAGAAAACCGGAAACGCAAGCUCUCCACUUGCGACACGCCUGGUCUGGGGUGUGAAAGGAAGCGACGGGAGCAGGAGAGCAAAUACAUUGAGGAGCUAGCCGAGCUGAUCUCGGCCAACCUCAGCGACAUCGACAGCUUCAACGUCAAACCAGACAAAUGUGCCAUCCUCAAAGAGACAGUACGGCAGAUCCGACAGAUCAAAGAGCAGGGAAAAGCUUCAUCCAAUGACGACGACGUCCAGAAGUCAGACGUGUCCUCGACAGGUCAAGGGGUCAUUGACAAAGACCACCUGGGGCCACUCCUGCUGCAGGCUCUAGACGGCUUCCUGUUUGUGGUGAACCGGGAGGGCAGCAUCGUGUUUGUGUCGGAUAACGUGACACAGUACCUGCAGUACAAACAGGAGGAGCUAAUAAACACCAGCGUGUACAAUAUUCUCCAUGAGGACGACAGGGAGGAGUUCCACAAGAACCUGCCCAAGACCAACAUAAAUGGAGUGUCUUGGGGAAGCGAGGCGGCCCGACAGAAGAGUCACACCUUCACUUGCCGGAUGCUGGUCAAGUUUGGCCACGCCCACGGCCCCAUGGAAGAGGGGCCAGGAGGGCCACGCUACGAGACCAUGCAGUGUUUUGCUCUUACCCAGCCCAAGGCCAUGAUUGAGGAGGGGGAAGACCUUCAGUCAUGUAUGAUCUGUGUGGCCCGUCGGGUUACAGCCAUGGAGAGGACGGAGAGUUUCAAUACACGGCAUGAGCUCUCGGGUAAACUGAUCCAGAUCGAUCAGAACUCUCUGCGAGCGUCGAUGCGUCCAGGCUGGGAGGAUUUGUUGAGGCGUUGCAUUCAGAUGUUCCUUCAGCACAGUGACGGGCAACCCUGGUCGCACAAACGCCACUACCAUGAGGCCUUUCUGCAGGGUCACGCUGAGACACCUUUGUACCGCUUCUCCCUGUCCGAUGGCACUCCAGUCACAGCCCAGACCAAGAGCAAACUCUACCGUCACCCCAUGAGCAACGAGCCGCAAGGCUUCAUCUCCACUCACCUGCUACAGAGGGAACCAAACGGUUACCGCUCAGCUCAGGGUGGGAGCAUGAUGCCAAACACUAUGAGGCAACAGGGCAUGGGGGGCCCCAACCCAAAUGCCCAAAUGAACAUGAACACCGGUGGUGGGAUGGGGAUGGGAGGCAUGGGCGGCAUGAACAGGGGCUUCGGUAUGAAUGAGCAGGGCCACAUGGGUCACAUGGGUCCGAUGGGAGGCGGCUCAAUGUAUGGAGGGAACGGUGGAGGAGGGGGAGGAGGAAGUGGAGGUGGAGGCAUGGGCAACCGCAUGAUGCAGAUGAAUCAGAUGGGGCAGAUGAAUCAGGUCGGACACAUGAAUCAGAUGAAUCAGAUGGGUCCCAUGAAUCACCCGGGUCAAGGCAUGCAGCAGCACCCUCAGCAGCCCCCGUUUCAGAGCAGUGGAGGGUUCGGGCUGAGUGGCAUGAAUAGCCCCUCAGGAAGCCCCAGGAUGGGCGGCCCCCAGCAAGGACUGUUGAUGUCACCGAGGAACCGAGGGAGCCCGAAGAUGGGCACAAACCAAUUCUCACCUGGAGGCAUACACUCUCCCAUGAGUGGCAUUGUCAGUGGUGGAGGAAGCGGAGGCAGCACCACCACCUUCUCCAGCAGCUCCCUAAAUGCUCUACAAGCGAUCAGUGAAGGAGUCGGGAGCUCCCUUCCCUCAACCCUAACAUCCCCCUCGCCAGCCCUUAAACCAGACAGUUCCCCCAGCGUCCACUCCUCCUCCUCUUCCUCUCAGCCCAGUCAGCCGGCUAAACCAGGCCAAGAUGGCUCCAAAAGCCCAGCAGGAGGCUUAGGGCCUGGGCCCACCGACCAUCACCACCCCAUGCACCAUCACCACCAUCAUCAGCAUCCUCAGGCUGAGAGUUCUGUAGACCGACCGGACAGCCAGGCAGCUACAGCGACUAAAGAGCCUGGAGAGGGGAGCAAUGAGGCAGGAGUGGCGAGCUCUGAACCCUCUCGGAGGGUGCCAGACAGUAAGGGGCAUAAGAAGCUGCUGCAGUUGUUGACUUCCCCAACUGAGGAGCUGGGAAUAGGUGGCAGUGGGCCAACAGGGCCCCCUGUACAACCCCCACCAACUAGUAGUAGCACCCCUGUAGGCUCAGACAGUAAGGACCUCACAGGAGGCAUAACUAGCCCCUCAUCUACUGGGGUGUCCUCCUCUUCUUCAGCCAAUGCCAAUCCAGGCCAGGUGACUGGGCCAGGGGGCGUUUCAACAUCGCUAUCAUCGGCCCACUACACAGGCUCACUGCAAGAAAAGCACAAGAUCCUCCACAAGCUUCUUCAAAAUGGUAACACCCCAGAUGAAGUCGCUAAGAUCACGGCUGAAGCUACAGGAAAGGUUUCACAGGGGGGCCAAGAGGCCGGUGAGGCUGGUACAGGAGGGUCGGGGGCCGGGGCUGGCCCUGGGAUGAUCACAGAGCCCAAGCAGGAGCAACAUAGCCCCAAGAAGGAGAAGACCCACGCUCUCCUGCACUACCUCCUCAACAAGGAUGAUUCCAAAGAGCCAGCCGAUGUCAAGCCUAAACUCGAAGAGUUAGAGGGGAAGGGAGCCCUCGGGGCCGCUGGCGGCCCUGCACGUGGAGGUCCUGGAUCUGGGCCGGGCCCUACACCCGAACAUCCUGAGAGCAAGAUCAAGUCAGAGCCGCCUGAUGACUUGCAUAAUCUAGAGUCUAUCCUCGGAGAUUUGAGAGGCUCAAGCUCUGACUUUUACCCGGAUCAGCCUGGAGGUGGAGGGGCAGGGGCUAACGAAACAGGAAACAAACCCCAGGGUUGCCUUGAUGACAGUCUGCAGGGGAGUCCAGGAAUAGGUCCGGGGCCUCGGGGGCCCUUCCAGAGGGCCAUGUCCAUGGACGGGAAGCCUCCAGGUGGGCCUGGAGGAGCUGGUAGACGCCCCAUGCUCAUCAAACAGGAGAAUAUGAUGGGCAGUCCAGACGGCUACCCGGGAAACAUGGGACCAAUGAGUAGGGGCAUGGUUCCCCAGAGGUCUCCCAUGGGAGGGUCAGGGGACUGGGGCAUGCCCCGUUCCAGUGCCAGCCCUGUAGGGUCAGCAGGGCACCCCUCCAUGAUGCGCCCCGGCAUGGAGUACAACAAUAGCAAGGGCAUGAUGUCUGGACCUAUGGUCAGCCGCUCUAACAGCGUACCAGGCACCAGGUCUAUGCUACAGCAACAGCUCAUGGAAAUGGGAGGCUCUGCAGACAUGGGCAUGGGUAUGAGCCCCUUCAGCCAGCAGGGCCAGCCCAACCAGUCCCCGUCUUGGCCAGAUCCUAUAAUGGGCAUGGAGGGUAACAGGCGCCAGUUUGGCAACACUUUAGACGAUCUCCUGGUGCCUCCCACCACGAGUGAGGGUCAGAGCGAUGAGCGGGCGCUUCUGGACCAGCUGGACUCUCUGCUGAACAACACAGAUGGCAUCGCUCUGGAGGAGAUAGACCGAGCCCUGGGCAUCCCAGACCUCGUCAGCCAGACCCAGGGAGCUGAGCAGCAGAUGGAGCCUUUUCCAGGGCAGGAGCCAUCCAUGGUGUUGGACCAGAAGCCUCACUAUGGACAGGGCUAUCCUGGACCCCCUGCCAUGCCUAUGCAGUCUGGCUAUGGAGGUAACCCCAUGCAGGGACAGGCCCAGCAGGGAGGGUUUGGGCCUUUGCUUUCUCAGAUGGGCCAAGGUGGCAGUUUCCCUGGUAUGGGUGGAAUGGGCGGGAUGGGACACCCGCGUGCCAACAUGAUGAGACCCAGGAUGAUGACUGCCAACAAGCCAAUGAGGCUCCAGCUGCAACAGAGGCUGCAGGGACAGCAGUUUAUGAAUCAGACGCGGCAGGGGAUGGGGAUGAAGAUGGAGAACCCGGGAAGCAACCCUGGCAUGAGGCCCGGCAUGCAGCCUGGAAUGGGAGGACAGCCGGGCUUCCUCAACGCUCAGAUGAUGGCGCAGCGCAGCAGGGAGAUGGUCACCAUGCAGAUGAGGAGGCAGCGCAUGAUGAUGCUGAUGCAGCAGCAGCAACAGCAGCAGCAAGCAGCCGCUGCUGCAGCUGCGGGGGGAUUCAGUCCGCCUCCAAACGUAACGGCUCCUGUUGGCAUGGAGAACCCCAUGGGAGGGCCAAACAUGGGCCAGCCGGGCCCCCAGCAGUUUGGCUACGGUGGGAGUUACGGGAUGGGCCAGCAGGGAGACCCCUCGUUUGGCCCAUCAGGCGGCAGUCCUCCUAACGCCAUGAUGCCCGGUCGUAUGGGACCUCAAAACCCCAUGAUGCAACAGCAUCCACAGGGCGGUCCAAUGUACCAGGGCGCAGAUAUGAAAGGCUGGUCGCAGGGAGGCAUGGGACGCAACAGUUCAUACCCUCAGCAGCAGUUUGGGCAGCAGGGACCACCGGGGCAGCAGCAGUUUGGGCAACAGGGGAAUCCAGGACAGUACGGAGCAAUGAUGAUGAAUGGGGGGAUGCCAGCCAGUGGAGGAGGAGGUCACAUGGGCCAAAUGGGAGGGCAGAUGGGUAUGAACCCAAUGGUGAUGGGACGUAUGCCUAUGGGGCCUGAUCAGAAAUACUGCUGAGCAUCGUGACAGAAGCAUUUGUCUCACUGUGAUCUCCAUUCAGAGACAGGACACGGCUGCAGGACUGGAGUGUGUGGAGGACCAGGCGGUGUGUGUUUGUGUGUGUCAUUGUGUGUGUGUCUGUAUGUAGUGCUGCACUCCCACCAAACGGGGGAGUGAACUUCCUUUGGACUCGUGGCCAGUAAUGUCUGGCUACCUGGAGGAAAACAUGUUGCAUACAUACGUGUAAACACACAGUGUUCAUAAAAAUCAGAAACACUGUGACACAUUUACACUCACAAACACACGAAGACUCCUCGUAGACUGUAGUUUCCCUCUCUUUAUGAGCGAUGUGUGUGUGCCUCAGUGAACACACACCACAUGCUCGACCAAACAGUGAAGGUGGACCGACACUUGAGCAGAUCACAGAUUCGGACAGCGGACGUGUUAAGACACCCCCCCCUCCCCAUCCUUUGUCGAAUGUACCACGAAGCUGUGCUCAGAUUUAAAAUGUGGGAUUCCUCUCUUGUUUCUGAACUUUGUGGGAUUUUUUUAUCCACCACCGUCGCCAUCGCCGCCUCCUCUCUGCUGCUCCUAAAGGAUCUCCGCGUACUUUAAAGUUAAAAAACAAAACAACAAAAAAAACAGUUCUAGAUCACGAGCCAUCAGAUUGUGACACUCAGAUGAAUGUCAUUAAGCAGUAGCACAUUGUUUCGUCCUCCAGCGCGCACCGCUGGGCUAAAGUACGACUGAAUUACUUGUUGGCUGUUUGCACUUUAAGGAAAGGCCAACAUCAAAAAAGGAUUGUGGCAAUAUAGAGGCCUUUACCGAAGAAUUAAUUAAUAGCAGCAGACAUUUACUGUGUAUUUUUGUGUGUGUGUGUGCAUGUGUGUGUGUGCGUGUGUGUGUUCUCAAAUUUUCCCUCGACGGGGGGCUUUUGAUUGGAAAAUGGGUAACCGUGAUGAUCUUUGUUCUAAAAGUGGGAACCAGUAGAAAGGCAGUAAGCACAGAUUUUAUCCAACUCCCGUCUACAAUGAACCGAUUUAUUACAGCAAGAGAAAUGAAACCGUUUUUAACUCAUUUUAAAAUCACUGUUGAGACAAACAGACUUCUAUUAAUGUUCAACAAACUCCACUUAUAUUUAUACAGAUUCACAAAACAAAGACACGAUCAUUUUAUCAUUCCAGAGGUGAUUUUUUGAAUCCAGAUAUUUUUGGUUACCUCACCGAUUUACAGUGUUACCUACUAGAGUGCAGAAAUGAAAUUUGAUCAUUGCCAAUUAUAAGAUUACGUCUAUAUGAGCUUACACUAUUAAGAGAAAUGUUAGAUUUCAGUGUAGGCGUGCAGAUUUCUAGCAAUAAUCCUUCCUCCUGGUUUUCCUCUGAGGGCAAAGCUGAAGUAUCAUUUACUCGAAGCGACGGCACUGCAGUAUUAGACAUGAUGUCUUGUUUGGAGCUUUUUUUUUUCUUUGGUCUGUGAAUAUGAAUUGUAAAUACGCUUCAAAUGUACUAUAUAUAAAUAUAUAUAUGCUUUUGUAGGUCACAUACUGUUUUUGCACAGAUUGUAAGGCUUGAUAUUUAAAAGUGUAAUUUUCUUAAACCGUCAUAGGUCAGCUUUUAUUUUCAAUACUUUAACCAUCGGUUGGAAAAGGAAGGGCCUCCUUGUUUUUUGUUAUAUUUUGUACGAAGCAGUACGUGUAGAUUUCCUUUCAUACUGCCACUUUCUUUCUCUUUAUUUUCUGAGGAUAUAGUCUUAGCUAAAGAGGUGCUAGUGUGUAAAUCUUUUUAAAUAAAUUAUUUUUCUUUUGUCAAAAAAACAAACAAAAAAACACAAAAUAUGCCUAUACAAAAAGAGGCCCGGAUGUCUUACUAGUAUGUGACGGUGGAGGGAGGGGGGGGUGGAUAUUUUCUGAACCUCAUGCUUCCAUGUGUGACUUUUAAGUUUCACUCCUGAGAUUUUGUCUGUGCUUUUGAAUUUAGCAGAUUUGAUCGUUCAGCCUCAGAUACAAGACUUUGGAAAUCACCCAGUGUAUAACUGUCCAUUGUUUGUUUGGUUUGUACGCAGAUGUUUAAUCCUCAUGGAAGCAACAGAAGACAUCAUUUGAAUCCCUUAUUGCCUGUUAAUCUCUUGACAGGUUGUUUUUUUUCUUUACAUUUAACUCUGCCUUUGUAUUUCCUGUGAAGCUUUUUGUUGAGAAAUCUACCUUUUUGAACACACGCUCAAUCCAAAGAUUUUUGUUUGUCAUUCUGCAGUGCGUAGAAACAGUUCCUGACGUAGAUCGUGCACGUACUCGUGUGCUUUUACUGUUGCACAUAACCUAUAAUAUACAUUGAACUUAAAUAUGUUUAAUUGCAUAUAUUAUAUCCCCCAUCCGUAUGACAUAGAGUAGACAUGAGUCUGGUUCUGCUGAGGUGGUUUGAGUUUUUUUUGUUUUUUUGUUUGUGAUUGUUUCUUCCUUUCUGUAGAGCUCAUGGCCAGUUGAAUUGUGGUGCUGCAAACGGUUAUUUCACAAGAGAUUGUUGAGAUUUUCUAAAAUGGAAAAGGAGGUUUCAUGAUUGAUGUCAUUAUGUCUCAGAAUAAUAGCUUGGAGUUGUUUCUUUUUUUUUCUAACCCUGUUCUCAAUGAAGAAAGUUUAAUCCUACAAAUAUUUAAAAAAAAAAAAAUCCAAAAAAAAUCUGUGUUUUGCUUUAAAGGAACGAAACUCCUCUCGGUGCGUCAUCUGCGCUUAAAAAAAAGAGGAAACACAUCUGGGAAACAUACAGUCAUUAUUACAGGAUGUAAAAUACUAUUGCAAUUUUUUUUCUUACCUUGUUUCUUGAUGUUAAUAUCGAUGUAAAUACAAAUUUAUAUUUAAACAUUA